CCAGACACGGAGGGGGAAAGGACACGCGAGCGCGGAUGAUGGGCCCCACACCCACUUCAUCACCCCCACCCGCUGCUGAGCUGGCUACAUACACUGCUUUUAAGUGUCAUACUGGCCCUUGGCUAGUAAGCGACGGAAACCACGGGCUUCUUUGCUCUGUUAUUGCCACACAUCCGCGACGCUCGGCGUGGAGCUGCACACAGCGACCAGCCAUUGCAACGAUUUGGGCAGCUUCGGUCGCCAGGAGCUUGAGCGCGUGGAGACUUCUCUGGACGCGUGAGCAGCCUGCUUUCCACUUGAUACUCCUUGCACCACCGAGCACCGACACCAUGCAGCACACGCUCAUGCGCGCUAAUUCCUACCCAGCGGGCGCUGCCUGCAGCGGUCGCGCCUCGCAGCGCCGCGCGCAGCCCGUCACAGUGUGCAGCGGCGCCAGCCGCACGCCGCAGCAGGGCAUCGCCCCGAUGCGCGGCAGCUCGGCCUGCGGCGCCUCCGGCCGCCUGCCCGCGCCCUUCUCGUCCGCCGCCGCCUCGCGCCCCACCGCCGCUGGCCGCCGCGGCGCUGUGCGCGUGCAGGCCAACUGGGGCGCCCCGGUGGAGUUCCAGCCUGCAAAGGUUGUGUCCAACUCGCCCGCCGCCGCCGGCCCGCUGCACAAGGUGGUGAUCGACGUGGGUGCGCCGCUGGCCGCCGGCUACACGGUGCCGGGCCAGUUCGUGCAGGUCAAGGUGGGGGACAGCAAGCCCGGCUUCUUCGCCAUCGCCUCGGCGCCGGGCGCACACGCCGGCAGCGGCCAGCUGGAGUUCCUGAUCAAGGGGGCGCCGGGCUCCACCGCCGAGCUGCUGUGCAACGCCUCGGCCGGCGACCCCGUGAGCGUGAGCCCGGUCAUGGGCAAGGGCUUCGCGCUGGACCGUCUGCCCGCCUCCACCACCCGCGCCGUGCUGCUGUUCGCCACCGGUUCCGGCAUCAGCCCGCUUCGCGCCGUCAUUGACAGCGGCGCGCUGGCCGGCCGCGACGUGACGCUGUACUACGGCACCCGCAACCCGGAGUCCACUGCCUACAGCGAGCUGCUGCCGCAGUGGACUGCCGCGGGCGUCAAGGUGGUGUCGGUGUACAGCGAGAGCAAGCAGGGCUACGUGCACGACGUGUUUGAGCGCGAGGGGCUGGCCGCGCUGCCCGCCGACGCCGCCAGCAGCGUGGGUGCGAUGCUGUGCGGGCACAAGGGCAUGUGCCAGGCCGUGACGGCGCUGCUGACCGCGAAGGGGGUGCCGCCCGAGAAGAUCCUGCUCAACUUCUAGGCAGUGUGCAGCAGUGGGGCGGACAGUGGCUUUAUGGCAGGGCGCUAGGUCAGGGGGCAGGCAUGACGGCAGGGAAAGAGACAUGGCAGUAGCUUGGGCAUACGGCCGCACGCUGGUCAGGCGUGGGAGUCUCGUGCAGCCCCGGAAUGCGGUCACUGUAAGCAACAACGCAU